AUGGCAGCCUCCGAAGGCCUCGCGCGGGCCACUGUGGUGGUGGAGGCUGCAUCCGUGGCUGCUGCCUGCACCAAGUGGGCCACAUCGCAUGGCACGGGCGACCGCUCCACCUUCUGUGCCGUCAGCGGGCGGGCGGGGGUGCUCGUGCACCGUGCCGGCACCUGGGGCAUCCUCACCCUCUUCCCCCUGUUUGCCGUCUACGCGUGGUACAUCAACGAGCACUGCGACGGCUCCCUCCUCGGUUUCCUGGGCCGUCUGGAAGCGGGGGGCUGGGCCUUCCUGGUGGAGGCCUACCCCAGCCCCAGCUGGGCGGCGGUGCGCUACAUCCUCGGCUUUGGCCUGCUCCAGGGUGUGCUCCAGGUCUGGCUGCCAGGUCCGGUGCACCGCGGCCCCACCACACCGCGCGGCAAUGUGCCCACCUACACCGCCAAUGGCGUGCCCACGCUGGCGACCACCCUGCUCAUCUUCCUUGCCACGUGGCGGGCAGGCCUGUUUGACCCGGGCGCGGUCUACGACUGCAUGGGCUCCAUCGUCUCCACCUCCAACAUCAUGUCCCUCAUCCUCUGCACCCUGCUCUACCUCAAGGCAAAUGAUUUUUCUUUUGGCUGGCUGGCGCCCUCCAGCACCGACUCCGGCACCACAGGCUCCCUGCUCUACGACUUUUACUGGGGCAUGGAGCUGUACCCGCGCAUCGGCGCCUUUGACAUCAAGGUCUGGACCAACUGCCGCAUGGGCAUGAUGGGCUGGAGCGUGAUCACGCUGUGCUAUGCGGUGAAGCAGGCCCAGCUCUACGGCGCGCCCGCUACCUCCAUGCUCCUGUCGGUGGCCCUGGUCCAGGUCUACAUCUUCAAGUUCUUCCUGUGGGAGACGGGGUACUGGUCCAGCAUGGACAUCGCACACGACCGCGCCGGCUUCUACCUUUGCUGGGGCUGCCUGGUCUGGAUCCCCGCCGUCUACACCUCCCCGGCCAUGUAUCUUGUGCGCCGGCCCGUGAACCUGCCGCUGUCUUUGACCCUGGUCCUGGGGUUCCUAGGGCUGGCCGCCAUCUACAUCAACUACGACUCGGACCGCCAGCGCCAGGAGUUCCGUCAGAGCGACGGUAAGGCGCUAGUGUGGGGGGCGCCGCCCCAGGCCAUACGCGCCCAGUACCGCACCGGCGACGGGCGUACCAAGACCUCGCUGCUGCUGGUUUCAGGCUGGUGGGGCCUGGCCCGCCACUUCCACUACCUGCCGGAGCUGGUUGCGGCCGCCAUCUGGAGCAUGCCCGCCUUCCACUUCGCCAUCAUGCCAUUUGUAUACCUCGCGUUCCUCACCAUCCUCCUGCUGGAUCGGGCAUACAGGGAUGACGCGAGAUGCUCUGCCAAGUACGGCAAAUACUGGGACCAAUACUGCCAGCGUGUUCCAUACCGAGUAGUGCCAUACCUCUUCUAG